UAUGCGCAAUCAGUUAUAUCGUUAUCCUAGACCUACAGUUGACAUCAAGCCGUCGCUCAAUGUUGCCAAACGGCGCGCAUACCUAACAGCAGUUGAAAGUUACAUCAUCGAUCCGGUUCAGCUCUACUAAAACCGAAAUUUUGUGUACAGUGUCAAAGGGACAAAGAAAAACCACCAAAGGGUCGAUUUCAGAACAUGACAAAACACGCUUUACACCUUUUUCGUAAGUACUUGAGCUUGAGGAGCAUCCAACGCAGUGGCUCACCAUCCAAGAAAUUACUCCUCACUGGCCUUGGAUUUUCCUCAGCAGCAGUAGCUUUAAGCAGCUUUACUUCAGACGCGGACAAUAUCGUUGUAGGGAGUAAAGGACUACUCAGAUUUUUAAGAUCAAUGAAAGUGGGCGUGACGAUCUCUUUAGACUAUUACUUUUCGAUGAUGGGGCUCUCAGAAACAGCCCCAAACUACGAUGUGAUGAUGAGCAGAAUCCACCAGAGAUGCUCAGAACGCAUCAGAGACGGUUGUCUACAAAAUGGCGGUACUUACGUAAAGUUGGGCCAAGGACUGGUAUCCUUGAGCCACAUUUUACCCAGGGAGUAUAUCGAUACCUUAAAAGUACUUCAGGAUAAAUGCCUGUCCAGAGAUAGAGAAGAACUUUAUCAAGUGUUCCAGGAAGACUUUGGACAGAGUCCUGAAGAGUUGUUUGGGACGUUUGAUACCGAUCCUAUUGCUGCUGCCAGCAUCGCUCAGGUUUUCCAAGCAACCACCAAAGACGGCCAAAAAGUAGCAGUAAAAGUCCAAUACAACGAUUUACGAAAUCGCUUACACAGCGACGUAAUGACAAUCAAUAUAUUGCUGAAUAUAGGAGCCUGGUUACACCCCAAAGUGGAUUUCACCUGGAUCCUAAACGAUUUCGUAGAAGCCCUAAAACAGGAACUGGACUUCGUCAAUGAAGGGAUGAACGCUCAAAGAUGUGCCAGGGAUUUGGCUCAUCUGAAAUACGUUCAUAUUCCGGAGGUACUUUGGAAGUACACAAAAACGAGGGUAUUAGUAACGGAAUUCGUUGACGGGAUAAAGAUCAGCGAAGUUCAAAGGUUAAAGGACGAAGAGUUUUCUUUGAUGGAUAUCAACUAUAAAUUGUUCGAGUCUUUUGGUUGUCAGAUAUUUCAGACUGGGUUUGUGCAUGCAGAUCCACAUCCUGGAAAUGUAUUAGUCAGAAAAUCCAAAGGAAACACAGAACUAGUAAUUCUGGAUCACGGCUUAUACCAACAAAUUUCCAAAGAAGAACGGAUUGCCCUCGGUCAUUUAUGGGAGGCCAUAGUGUUCGGAAACCACGAACAAAUGGGGAUGUAUUCGAAAAAAUUGGGUGUAGAUGAUUACAUCAUGUUUGCGGAAAUCUUAACGCAGACUCCCUUAAGAACGAUGAGUUUUAAAGUGAAAUCGAAACUGUCGUCCGAAGAGGAGAAUUAUAUGAGAAGGGUGGCUGCCGAAAAGUUUGAUCAGAUCGUGGAUUGUUUGCAGCAAAUGCCUCGGUCGCUUUUAUUGGUUGUUAGAAACCUUAAUACAAUUAGAGCGAUUUCUUAUGACCAUGGAUGCCCUAUAGACAGAUACGCGGUGUUGGCACGUAUGGCCACCAAAGCAGCUUUUGCCAAUAAACAAAUGACCUUUUUACAAAGAUUAUUGAGGGUACCGAAGCUGUUCUGGUUCGAAUUAAAUUUACUAAUUACUAAGAUCACCACUUAUUGGACCAUGGUGUUCUAUCAUGUGCUGUACAAAUUAGGCCUGGCGCCGGAUAUACGGGAAUUUAUCUCUCAAACUGCAAAAGCGUUAGAAUAAUUUCUGUAUUUAUGUAUAAACUGCUAAGGCAGGUGAUUUCUACUCAUAAGGUGAUGUUCAAACGACAGUUUGAGUUUAACAUAGUACAAUCUUCAAUGUGGAACGUAACAUUCUAUGAAUGUUCUGGAAUACCUGUGAAUAUUUAUAGAGAAUGGAUGUGUGUUAUAUAUAUAUUUGGAUAUUCCUGAAACAUUUAUGUCAAUCAUUUGUCACAGGUGAAGACCUGGUUUAUGAAUUUAAAUAGUUAAGGUCUAUAUAUAUUUGUCAUUAAUAUUAGCAAAAACAUAACCUAAUUUAAACAAUAUACAGUUCCUAGCCAUAAUAUUAGUUUCAUGCUGCAAAUGUACUAUUUUUUGUUAUGAAUUCUUUGUUGAUAUGUCUUGAGUUUUUAAAUAUCGCGGGCAUUUUUCUCCUUUUCGUAACAAACGUACCAACACGUGUGUUUCUUUUAACCAAUUUGUGGUUUUAACCAAAUUGAUUUUUCGCAGAAAUUAUAUACAGGGUGUUCCGUUGAUCUUGUUACAAACUUCUAGGGCAGAUAGAAAACGUCAAAAGAAAAACAAAAGUUCAUAUAAACAUGGGUCCGGAAAAGCUUCCUCAGAGAGCUAGAGCUCUUUGAAAAUAACCUUUAAAAACUAGUUUUUUUAAUAGCUCCGGAAGUACUUUAGCUACCGCAACCCAUUUUGGGAGGUAAAUUAUUGUUAGUACGUUUAUUCUUUUGAACAUACUAAAUAAAAAAAAUAUUUACCAGGGGCUUCAGAAUCAGGGGGGUGUUUGGUAAAUUUAGACCCAUUUCUUUAAGACUUUAAUUUCUGCCCGUUUGGGCAUUAGAUUAUGGUGUUCCUAUGCUUUUUACAUAAAAAAGGUGCUCUUAGUAAAAGUCGGUAAAUGGUAAAUAUCACCGUUUUUGUGAAAAUUGACGAAAAGCAAGUUAUGAGAUACAAAAAUGAAUUACCUAUUAUUAUUAAUAAACGAUUAAAAAAAAAAUCUGGCGUAAACAAAAAAUAAAUGCUUAAAAAAAGUUAAGGUAACCACUUUAUUAAAUUGGUACUCAAAUUAUUUAACUGUCACUUUAAUUACCUUGAGGCAUAAAAUGUUUAAAUGAUUUUAAGUGUAAUGAAAAACCAACAAAUUAACAAUUUUAGAAACGUAAACAAAUUUUAUUAAAGAUUGGUAUUACAAAAAUAAACUUAAAAUAUUAAUUGCUCAAUAUGCCGACCGCCACGAUCGAUACAUUUAUCAUAUCUACGCACCAUAUUAAGGUUGACGUGGUUAAAAAUAUCAGGCGUGGUUUGGAUUACUUCAGCAGCUGCGGACAUUCUGGCCACCAGGUCUUCUUCUGACUCGACUGGAGUUUCAUAUACGAGACUUUUCAUAUGCCCCCAAAGAAAAAAAUCUAAGGGCGUCAAAUCUGGUGAGCGCGCUGGCCAGGUGACCUCCACGGCCAAUCCAGCGCCUUCCAAAAUUUUCAUUUAUAAACUCGCGGACAAUAAGUGAAAAAUGAGCUGGCGCUCCAUCGUGUUGUAACCAUAAGUUCUGUCGUAUAUUUAGGGGCAGAUCAUCUAAUAGUUCUGGCAGUACAUUUCUUAAAAAAUUUAAAUAAAUAUUUUCCGUUAAACGAGGAGGCAACAUAAUUGGACCAAUUAAGCGUUCUCCAACAAUGCCGGCCCACAUAUUGACCGAAAAAUUAUGUUGAUAGCUCCUAAAAUGAAUACCAUAAGGGUUUUCCUCACUCCACACAUGAUUAUUCUUAGAAUUAAAAAUGCCUUCUUUUGUAAAUAAAGCCUCGUCAGUAAAAAGGACAUAUUUUGGAAAUUGAGGUUCUUCUGUACACUGGUCAAGAAACCACUGGCAAAAAUUCACGCGGGGCAUAAAAUCAUUGGGUCCUAAUGAUUGCACCUUUUGCAGGUGGUAGGGCCGAAGAAGCUGUUCCUUAACAACGUUCCAUACCCUAACAUGAUUUACAUGCAUCGCAUCAGCUACUGCUCGAGUACUUACUGAUGGUUAUCUUCAAAUCGCUGAAGCACUUCUUCCUCAAAAUCCGGGAUUCGGAUGUUCCUUUGCGCGCUAUUAUCUUGGCGUUUUAUUUUAACGGAGCCAGUCUCCUUGAGCCGUUGAUUGACCCUUUCAAAAAGUGUGUGAGCUGGGAUUAGCCUUUCGGGAAACCGCUCUUCAUAUAGUCGAGAAGCAGCUCUAACAUUACAUCAAACUUCCCCAUAAAUUAAAAGCAUAUCGGCGUAUUCAGCAAAAGUGUAAUCUUCCAUUACUUAACCAUAAUAAAAAGGGAAUUAAUAUCAUGUAAAAAAUACUGACAGUGACAAAUUUAAAAAAUACUGACAGUGGCAAUGAAUUAGCAUUAUUAUUAUUAUUAUUAUUAAAAUAAUUAAUUCAGGUGCUGUAUCUUAGUUUGGUUUUAGUCCAUUCCCACAAAAACGGUGAUAUUUACCGACUUUUACUAAGAGCACCUUUUUUAUGUAAAAAGCAUAGGAACAUCAUAAUCUAAUGCCCAAACGGGCAGAAAUUAAAGUCUUAAAGAAAUGGGCCUAAAUUUACCAAAUACCCCCCUGAUUCUGAAGCCCCUGGUAAAUAUUUUUUUUAUUUAGUAGGUUCAAAAGAAUAAACGUACUAACAAUAAUUUACCUCCUAAGUUGGUUGCGGUAGCUAAAGUAGUUCCGGAGCUAUUAAAAAAACUAGUUUUUAAAGGUUAUUUUCAAAGAGCUCUAGCUCCCUGAGGAAGCGGACCCAUGUUUAUAUGAACUUUUGUUUUUCUUUUGACGUUUUCUAUCUGCCCUAGAAGUUUGUAACAUGAUCAACGGAACACCCUGUAUAUCCUAAAAAACAUUUUUAGUUUGUCCUAUUAAACCAUUUUACGUGUUUGAAAAGGUUUUAACUAUUUUCAUCAAAAAAAAAUCAGAAUGGGAAAUUUGUCGUCGAUAAGACUUGGUCGAAUUUACGGGAUGCUGAAACCACAAAGUAUGUUACAACUGUUCUAUAUAACCUAUGAAAUAAAUGUAUGGCAGAAAAUCACAGUAAAAGUUCUCGCAAAAAAAAAUGUUUGAAGGUGGCAAUGACGUAUCCUAAAAAAACAGUGCAGCAGAGAGUCUUAAUGGAAGAAGACCACCACGCAAACCAAGACUUAUAACUACAUUUAAGUUGUUCUUGUACUGUAUGUAUGGAAGGGAGACGAAUUAUUCGAAUUGUGACAUUUUAAAUUUUUUGAUGAAAAUUAAGUAUAUUUCAGUCAAUUUUCGAUUUACACUGUGAUAUCUUAGUAAGUGUAAUGUUUUAUCUAUAUCUGUGUUAUACAUAUUAUAUAUUGAUAAGCACUGUGAUUUGCACACAUUUGACCUUCUACAGUUGUAAACAUUUUACGACAUAUGAAGUAGUCAAUAAAAUUUAAAUUAUUCAGUCUAAAUUCUAUGACAUUUCGCAGAAUUGUUUUUCGAACAAGUCGACUAAUCACAGUUCAUACGGUGAAAGUCGAAUGAAAAAUAUAAACCAGACUACAUUCACAUUGCACCGACCACUACCAUAUUGUUUAACGAUUCAGCAACUGAAAAUAAUAUACUAUGUCUUGAUUAAAUCCCAACUUAGCUAAGAAAUAACGGGUUAAGGUACUGUAAGGCAAUGACAUUUGAGUAAUUUAGAUGUUAUUCAAAAAUGGAUUAUAAAAUUAAUCUAGAACAAAACUAGACUAUUUCCAACUGAAUUACUUUACAAAGAGGCAACAAUUUUGGAUAUACGAGAGUUGCAUGUUGUGACCUGCAUUGGUAAGAAAAACAUUGAGAAAAACAACCUGUUUCGCAUCUUCAAUUACUAGGUUCAAAAAAGAUAUUCAAUUGUAUGGAGGUUCUCUUAUCAAAAAAAUCAAAUAGUACUUGGCACCAAAGCUCUUUGAUACCUUACCUUACUUAAAGAGUAAAACUUUAAGAAAUCAUUUAAAGUUAAACAGCAAUAACAUCAGAUGGACAGAAAGGAUAUUCAUCGCUUUUUCUAGGAAUGCGGUAAACUGAUUUACGAGCAAUUUCGUAGUUUUGAUGGCAUUGUAUAUCUUGUGAGUGAUUGUAAUUGGCUUGCGAGUAUUUGGAUAGUCCUGUAUAAAAAGGAAAAAUUGUAAUUUUUGAUCUGUGAUCAAAAACAGAAAAUGACUUUUAAAACCCCCAAAUAGAGACAUUAAAUCCGGAGGGACCUAUAUAGUGCUAACAACCGACAAUAUUGUUACUUCAGUGAUUUUCUGUUUACUUCAUUAUAUACAGUGCCUUCACGAUGAAAGGAACAAAUUUAUUUAAAAUUCAGGUUUUUUUUUCUUCUUUUAUUUUUUUGACACGUCGAUUUAUAUUGCCACUUGCGCGUUUUUUGAAAUAAAAAAAAUCUAUGCAGGGCGUCUUUAGUAGAAACUAUGACGUCAACAUUUUUUCUAAUAGAACACUCUGUAUAUUAUGACGUUUUACAAUUCUAUGAUAUAUUUUAUAUAGCAAAUCAUAUGCCUAAAGUAAAUGUGACGGUUUGUCCAAUAUGACGCCAACAUUAUUUUUUUAUGUGAUUUCUUAGAAAGCAAGUAGACCUUAAUAUUUUCGAACAGUUUUCAAUUUUAGAAUCCUAUUUGAUAACGGUUUCUCAUGCAUUUGUAAGUAUAACUGUUAUGUAUAUUAGUUACGCAUGAUUUUUUAAUAAAAUGCAUUUAUCUGAGAAAAAACGAAUCGAAAUACUCAUGAUUGGUUUUGGAGACCGGGUGCGUACACAACAAGAAUCUGUAAUAUAUUUAAUGCAAUUCCUGCUGAUCGUUCUGUAUUUACUAGAUCUACAGUUAGCAAAAUUGUUUCAAAAUUUAGGGAACGGGGCGAUGUAAGAAAUUUAUCUAAAGAAAAACCAAAAGUAUAUGAAAUUGCUAAGCUGAAUGUUCUAUUAGAAACGGAGAAUAAUUCCCAUGUUGCGAUUAGCACAAUUUCCAGGAAUUGGAAUUUAUCAGUAGGGUCUGAUGAGGCCACCUUUACAUUAAAUGGACACGUUAACAGGUAAAAUUGCAGAUAUUGGGAAACCGAAAAUUCUCAUUGAACCCAAGAAUACCACAUACAGCGGCGUUAAAAAAUGAAUGUGUGGGCAGGUAUUGUGAAAAAUCCAAUGCUUGGACUCUUUUCUUGAAGAAAAAUUAAACGGAGAGCGCUAUUCUACUGUUAGCAUUCAUCAUCCACAAGAGGCUGACAUACCUAGUGAUGAGAUAUGGUUUCAUCAAAACAGGGCAUCUCCUCACUUUUCCAUCGCCCUUCGACAAUUUCUUGAUGCAACUUUUCCUAACAGAUGGUUUGGACGAGGACCGAUUGAGUGGCCGCCAAGCUCACCGGAUAUAACCCUAUUAGAUUUUUUCUUAUGGGGCUAUUUAAAGUCCAAAGUUAAUGUGAAUACACCAAAUAAUAUUGAUGAUUUAAAGCAAAGAAUUCGACAAGAUAUUAAGCCUCAUCGAUUCGAAAGUGAUUGAAAAUGUGCAAUUGGAGGUUAUUUAGCGACUUCAAAAUGCAUUAAAGUAAAUGGACAACAAAUUGAACAUCAGUUGGAAUAAAUAUUGUGUACUUACAUUUUUAUUUUUUAAUGUCCUAUGUUUUAUUAGUCUGUUACGUUCAAUUUUACAAAUCGCUGACUUUAGGCAUAUGGUAUGCUAUAAAAAAAAGUAUUCGGAAUAUAUCGUAGAAUAGUAAAAUGUCAUGAUAUACAAGGUGUUCCAUUUAAAAAAAUGAAUAUUGACAACAUAGCUUCUACUUCAGAUACCCUGUAUAGCAUUUUUUUAUUGCAGAAAAAAAGGCGCAAGUGACAAAGAUAAUCGACGUGUCCAAAAAAUAAAAGAAGAAAAAAACACCUGAAUUUGAAAUGAAUUGGUUCCCUUCAUCGUGAAUGCCCUGUAUAUCUAAUUAAUCCUUCGUUUUACUUUACUAUUAUAAUUAUUCGUAAACAUCCUCCUUCAGAAAUGGUUGUGGUCAGUAAUCAGUUAUAAGGGAUUGUUGAAGUGCUUGAAGCGUUGUCGAAAGUGCAAUGAAUGCCGAAAAAUGCCAUUCGGAAACGGAAAUUCGCCCGACACAAACCCUAUCGGGAAUAGUCACUCCCAUUCGGGAGUUUUUGAAACCUGAAGUUAGGAUGAAAGCCCAUGCAACCCAGUAAGAAUUAAUCCAUAUACCUAUUAAAAUUUGGAAAUAUAACCCAGAAAUCAAAAUGAAAUUCGAAAGUAUAUUGUGUAUUACUAUGCGCCGUCACGUUAAAGCUGUGUUGGAUGCGAAAGAUGUUCACACAAAAUGCUGGUUUUUGCAAAGAAAUUUAUUUUCAUGUAAGUUCACCCUUCCUUUCAUAGACUUUAGUUGUAUAUUUAUAAAGUUCGAUGUUUUAACAUAAACUAGCAUCCUAAGUGCCUAGUGACGUGCCUAGGCCUAGUCAGGAAAACUUAAUUUUUGAGCAUGGAUCUAAUAAUAUGACAAGGGACUGUAAAUUUGUAACUUACAGGUUUUUGCUGUAAAAUCCAUCGUCAGGAAUUCUUCUAUUAUAUUUUUAAGAAAAAUAAAUUAAUUUGAUGAUUUUUCGGAUCUUGAUUGACAAAAUUCGAAAAGUUUUUGAUGUAGAGAAACAUUCUUACAUGAAAUUGUUGAGUAAAAAAAGCUUUUUUUUGACUUAAGGUAUUUUGAGAAUAUUCCAAUCAUUUCAUGAAAAUAUUCCCAAGAUAAGUGAAAAUUUGCCAAGAAAAUUACCGACAAUUAUGUCCCAACCGAAAUCCUUAGCCCAGUCAGAUUUUUACCCUCAAAUCCGUUCCUCAAACCCAUCAAGAUACUCCUUUAUAUGAAAAGUAAAAUUUAUGCCUAAAACUGCCCCUUAAGGAAUAAACCAAAUUGCCUUAACCAAAAUUGUGACCAAUUUCCCAGGAAUAUUCACAGAUAUUCCGGUACAUUAAUGGAAUAUUUUUUAAAUUCCUGGAACAUGUACUCUUCGGAGGAGAAAGCCCCGACAAAAAAAACGAUUGUACAAGCAGUGAAAAAAGUACAAGGCCCGGUUGUACAAGCAGUGGUUCCACUUAAGUUCUACUAAACUGCAGUUCUUCGUUGAACGUAGUUCAGAGGUUCGUGUGUUGUUCCAAUACAAGUUAAACUAGGUUCUAUUUAAAGUCUGCAAUAGCCACAUAAAAAAAAGAGUAUGCCACAAAAAUAUUUUUGUACUUGUAUCGUCCUCGAUGUAUUAUACGCCAACUUUUAACUUAACAGAGACGCAGAGGGGAAAUGCCCAUAAAAACGUAUUGAUAUUCUUCGAUUCAUAGGCGUGCGAAAUUAUUUUCUUUAAUAAAACUUAAUAUAUUUAAAUAGAAUAAAAAUGUGGUAUUUAGUAAAGAAAUAUACUUGUAGUAAUAUGGUGUAAAAUUACGUAGAAUAAUGUUAAGUAAUAAAUAUAUGCAUGAAAUAAAGAUUUUUUUCCUAUCUUGCCUAUGCUAAUCUUAAAAAGAAAAAAAAUCAAAAUAUUAUUGAAUUACUUAUUUUUUGACAAUCUAUUGAUUUUCUUCUUUAAACUGUUAGGCCCGCGAUAUUUUCUAAAUAAAAAGAAAUGUGUUAAGCUCCAAAAUUUUAGAAUAUUACUAGCAAGAGGUAUUUAGAAUUAAUUUAAAAAAAUAAAAAGUAACUACCUUACUAGUGAUUUGUUUGAAUAUUUAAAAAAAAAUCAAUUGAUUGUCAUAAGUAAUUCAAUAAGAUUUUGAUUUUUUUCUUUUUAAGAUUAGCGUAGGCGGGAUAUGAAAAAAUUCUUAAAACGGGGUUAUAUCUCGGAGUUCGUAAAUUUUAGACCCCCAGGUGAUAGGGAUGAAUUUGUCACAAAUGACCUCUAGAAUCACUAUGUCAAGAAAUAGUUGUACUUUCCAAUCACCCUGUACAUAUCGAAAACGUUUAAACAUACAUAAAAUUUAUUUAUUAUAUUUCAUUCUAAAAUGUAAUAUUGAUUAGUCCUCGUCACUGAUAUUUUCUUCGGCAUCGCUUUUAUCGGAUUCAUCUUCACUGCUAUCUUCCUCGCCAAGCUGGAUAAUUAGUGGUUCUACCUCUUCCAUGUAUUGAUCAGUUUCGUAGUAUUUUUUUUCAAUAUUUACUACAUGUUUACAGCAUUCAGCCCAACGUGCAGGUGUGAUAGAAGCAAUGCCCAGUUGUACUUGUUCUAUUAAAUUUUUAAUGGAUAUGUCGCCAGUAGUGUUGCGACUAUGAACAAAAUGUUUCAACUGGGCCCAUAUCAGUUCGAUUGGGUUGAGAUCGCACAUAUAAGGAACGUAAUACUCUAUCUACUCUAAACUGGAACAACUCCCAUUUGCGUUCAGUAUUAGUAUUUUUAUUUUUUUUUUCUUUAAGUAAGUAUAGAGGAUGAAAAAAAUUAUGCAUUUUGUGGCCAGUAGGUAACCUAUUAUUAUCCUUUAAAAAAUAAUAUUUAAUAUACCGCGAAGUUAAUGUAGAAAUAAAUAUAUCUCUAAAGACCGAUUUUUCAAUCCAGGGUUAUCCCUAACCCAGAGUCAAACUUAUUAUAAGUAUAUUUUCUUCUUUGAUGAGUCAUAAAAUGCAAAACUUUACCAUAUCAAUUGUAGCUGUUCGCAGAUAUUUUUUCUUUUAAUAUAAAUACAAAUAAUGCGUUUUUACUUACCAUUUGCCGUCAACCAAUCGAUCAUAGUUUUCUUGGUGCUUGAUUUGGUCGGCACUUUAUUCUCUUGCACGGAAUGAUAUGGUGCAUUAUCAAAGAUGACCACUGAAUUAGCCGGAAUAUUGGGAAUUAAUUUUUCCUCCAGCCAUUUCAUAAAAUUUUCGCGAUUCAUUUGUCCGUGAUAAUCCCCAGUUGCUUGACCAGCUUUGAAUAUCAAACUGGCAUUGGGAAUAAAGCCAUUCUGACAACCCGCAUGAACAAUAACUAAACUACCUAAAAAACUGUAUAUAAAAUAUUAUGGCAAGAAAAAAAAACUUUUUAUACUAAGUUUUUUAGCUAAACACUAUAAUUAUAACGAAAUUUUAAUGCUUACAUUUAAACCCUCAAUUUAUUUAAUUAACUACAAAAAAUUCUUACCACUUGCUCUGAUGUUACUAGUAAUACCAAAAACAUCAGUGCUUUGCCAACACUUUUGAAAAGUCAAAUCGUUGUCGACCCAGGUUUAGUCUAUAUAAACUAUACUUCUUCCUUCAUUUCUAUACUUCUGUAUCGCGUUUAUAUAUUUAUACCGCCAAUGAAGUAUAGAGGGCCUUUCCAUCAAUAUUUUCCUUUUGUUUUGACAUUUCCUAAAAUAAAACCCAUUUGCUUUUAGUAAACAUCUUAAAGUUUCCUUGGAAUACGGAAAAUCAAUGGUCUCUCGCAACUUCUGUAGAAGUUUGGUCGUCGUUGGAACAAUUUUUAAUUCCUGGUAAAAGUUAUUAAUUGUGCGCCUUAUUAUUGGAAAAUCUUCAAAGUCAUUCUUAACAGAAGAGCGAGAUUUUUUGUUAGGCGGUGGCACAAGCACAUCAUUUGGCCUAUCUCUAUUUCUUCUCUUAUCUUGUUUAUGAAUCUUUUGUAUAGUGGACUUAGAGACGCCAGUGUACAUGCAAACACGAUCGAGUUUUCUCUUUAGAAGAAUUUUAAAUGCAUUGUUUUGAGCUUCCUCAUCGCAACCUCUAUAAACAUUUGCAACAAUUUCCAUUGAUUACCAGCUUAGAUGUUUUCCUUUUAAAAACCUAUUUCCUUUCAUCAUAAGGCCAAAUAUAGCUUUCCGUAUACAAACCUACAUACAAAAAACUUUGUUUACAAAAUUGAAUCGGCUAUAAAAAUUAAAAAUAUGAAGUUUUUUUAUGCUAGUAUUUUUAGUUUACUUUUUAUCUUUAUCUUCUUUUUCAGUAAAGUCAAAUCAUACUUACUGUAAAUCUUAUAUUUAGAAACUCAAGAAGAUUAUAUCAAUUGUCUAUAACGAUAACAACACAAAUUAAAACUAAAUACUCAAAAACUUAAAGACAAAACGUUAAAAGAAAUACAACAAUAAUAAAUAAUAGAAAGAACCACAAACGCCAACGUCCAUAUAAUCCAGAUAUUAAUGGAAUCCUCCCUACGCCUAUGCGUAAACUAAACUUGCAGAAAACCGAAAUAAAUAGAACACCUGCAGAUACAUUAUUUAUUCAAAAAACCCCAUCGAGAACUCCACCGUUUAUCGCCUGUUGACCAAUCACGAUGUGAUAUUUCCGUAUUUAAUACAUAGUACGCUGGCAAAAUGAGGCUUUGUUGCCGCCUCGUGAAUAAAUCUGAGUAUUUAUAAAAGGGACAUAAUUUGUUUUACAAUAUAAAUGUAUUAUAAACUUAAAUAGAUACAUUACUACAAUUUUCGAAGAUAAGAAUAUAUGUAUAUUAUGAGAUGUAAAUAUAAUAUAUAUACAGGAUAUUUAAUACUUAACCUUAGUGCAAAGAAAUAUUAACACAUAUAAAAGGAUUUAGAGAGUGACAAUCUGGCAAUAUCUCAAAGCCAUUUAAUUUUUUUGCCGCAUUCUUUUCGGGCGUAAGUUCUCAGUUGCUGGACAAUACUCUGUACUGGGUAGCCCGUCUAUUAAGGGCCUAUGCUUAUUUUCGGAACCUGUAAAUUAUAACAAAAAAGUUAGUUUUUUGGAGUCACUCUCUUAAGAUAUUAUAUUAUUACUUUGAUUUAUACAUAUACAGAGUGUUUGGAUUGGGAAAGUGUCUACUUCCUUAUUUUAAAUGGAACACCCUAAAUAUUUUGGAAUUUUUCAGAAAACCUUAGAUAUAUUUUAUGUAUAAUGUUCUAUACCUAAAUUCAACAACAACAUCAAACUGUAGUCAAGGGUAUAAUAAGGGUCCGUAAUCGGAUGGUGAUUGGUACCAGAAUAGUACCAUUAAUUCUUUUUCACCAUCCGGUAGCUCUUAAGAAAGAAAAAUGGAAUUGUUUUUGUUCUCCUUUUAAUAAUUUUCCGGCAGCAAGUAGAUAAAGUGAGUAAAAUGAUAAUUUCAUUUUGUUUGUAGCUUGUUAACAUUAGAAGUAUAGAACAUUAUACAUAAAAUAGAUUUAAAAUUUUCGGAAGAAUCCAAAAAUUAGUAUUCUAUUUAAGGAAGUUGAUGUUUUCUCACGAAAUUUCAAACACCCUGUAUAUGUAAAAUAUAACAUUUUAGGAAUAGGACCCCAAAAACUUUUGCAUUUAACUUUUUUGUAAUCUCUGACAGGAUCCGAGAAAAGGCAUAGGCUCAUAUCAAACUGGACACCCUGUAUAACUACACUUACCUUAGAUUUGUUUGGUGUUUCAACAAAAUAGUGCCUAAUUUGUUUUUGAAUUUUGGUGUGUUUUUUCGAUAGACAUAUGGCAUGUAUGUACAUGUUUUUUCAACAAAUUUUGAAAGUAUGUAUUUAUUAAUGUAUAACGAACACUAUUGUGCCCCCUGAGACACGUUGAAUAUUGUUAUUAACAUUAUUGGUCAACUCUAUUGCAGCUGCAAGUUCAUCAUUGAUACUUGAAGGAUUCGCACCAUAGAUAAAGCAAUAUUAUGAAGAACCAUUGCAGCCAUAACAAUAGCCUCCUUUUUUCCCGUUGUAGUCUUAUUCCUAGAGAGUAUCGGGAAUCUUCUUUUUAAACUUCCAAAGCAUCUCUCUAUGGGAUUCCUUGUUCAGAUUUGAGACUCAUUAACAUGUUCGGCUCAAGUUUGAGGGUUUAUAAUAAUAUAAUAUAAAUAUUUUAACACUAGGUACAACGCUACUGUAUUGUGCAUGUUUGUGCAAUUAAAUCCUUAUCUACUCAAAUAAAUGUUAGUACCUAUAUCUUAAUUCUUUUUACUCUAAAAAAAAUAAAUAUAAUUCUUUUUAAGACAAUGGAGCCAUACUAUAGCUCUUUACGAAAAAAAAAACAAAAGUAGCCAAAAUACAUAAUUCCCCUACAUAACACAAGUUAUAAUAUUUUUUACCAUACCCACACCAUACAUUAAAAUACAUUAGAGACCCUAUUCCUAUACAUACAUCUACUAAUAAGAUAGUUUUGUUAAUAAAUAAGUGGUCUUUAAGUAAGAAAAUAAAUUUUUUCCUAGUUGGGACAUUUCUUGUCAUUUGAUAUCAUAUUAAAGAGUUUAGGACCUAAAUAAGUGACAAAUCUUUGAUUUAUACUUUUCUUUGAUGGAAGUAUGUUCAGCAUUAGGCUCGUUAACAUUCUGAGGCCGUAUUUUUUAAACCAUGCGAGAAUCUUCCAAUGCAAACAAAGUCGCGUGGUAAAAUUCAAUUCGCAAACGAAUGAAAAAGUGCAUAUUUGAACGGCAUUCGAAAUUUCAUUCGCAUACGAACAUGAAAUGUAGUGGCAACGUAGCACUCGACUUUGGAGGCCAUGUUAAGAUUUUUUAACCUAACCUGAAAUUUAAGUUUAAAAACAUUAGGGAAUUUUGAGGUUUUUUUUAAGUUGGAUUCAAAAAAUAAAGAAUAUUGCGGUUUUGUGCCGAGUGAGCAAAAAAAGAACUAAUUUUAUUUAUGGCACCCGGAAUUAAAGUCGGACAAAUUCACCCAAGAUUUUUCAGCUAAAACUGUACAAGCCUUGUGGAUAAAAGUAGCGGGCAGAUUACACAGUCUCCCUGGAGCACAUAAAGAGCACGCAUCAAUUCCAUCGUGAUAGGCUUGCUUAAUCUAUAUAAUUUAAUAAAUUGAGCAUCUGAAUACAUUUCAAAAGGGUGAAAAAAUGAAAAAUAUAUCCUAUUCCUUCUAUCUACCAGAGUUUCAGUCUAUUCCAGUGCAUCGACGACGUUUCUUUGCACAAGAUUAUUUAAUCUUGCCAUUUGAUUAUAGUUGUUUUUGUUUUCAAUACAACAAAAAAACGCUACGAAAAUACUUAAUGAACUCACACAAAUUUAAAAAAAAACAAAGCUAGUUUAAAAUCAAAAUAAGACAAGUGACAGAAUCAAAUUGAAAAUCGCACACGAACUUUGAAAUUCGAAUGGUAUAUACCCACUCGAGAAACUGCAUGCGAAAAAGUUCGCAUACGAUGCGGUAGAAAAUACGAAUAUCGAUUUUUUGUGCGAAAUCCUCUAAGUUCGUAUGCGAAUCAAAUUCGAAUGGUUUCAAAAAUACGGCCCCUGGUCUGGUAGUUAUGUCUUACAAUAUUAUUUUUUAUUUUUGGAGUUGAGUAUAUAAAGUUGCAUACCUCCAUUAUACAGAGUGUUUUAGAACUAUGGGAUCAAACUUCUAGGGGUUGUUCAGUGCAACAGUAGAAUCCAUUUGAGUAUAGGAACCCAUGUCCGGAAAUGUGUCACUACGCUACUACAGCCCUAAGACGCGGUUAAAUUUAGAAAAAAUAUUAAUUACCUAAAUAGGAUCUGAUGCAUUUAUUUUUACCUUUUAUAUAUGAUACCAUCACAACAAUUGUUGAAAAUGUCUUCGUCCAACCUCAAUACAUAGGAAACGCAGAUAAACAGGUCCUGUUAACCGUUCUGGUAGAAGGUAUGACCCAAUUAAAUAAUCAUUAACAAUGCCUGCCCAUACGUUGACAGACCAACGAUUCUGAUGUUUUCUUGGAAAAAUUGCAUAAGGAUGUCCUUCGUCCCAAACAUGGCUAUUCUAUUUAUUCCUACUAUUAAAAAUAUCGUCUCUUGUGAAAGAAGUUUCAUCGGUCCACAAAACAUAUCGUAAAAAAUUUGGUUGUGCAAUGAUGUGAUCCAGAAGCCAUCGACAAAAUUGAACUCUAGGAUGAUAAUCGGCUGCAGUCAUACCUUGAACUAUCUGGAAGUGGUAAGGAUGGAGUUGUUGCUCGUGUGGUACCCGCCAGACAGAAGCGUUAAUCGUAUUCAUAUUCUUAGCGACGUCACGUGUGCUAUUUGAUGGUUCAUCGGCAACUCGCUGAAGCACCUCUUCUUCAAAUUCUACCGUUCUUACGGUUCGAGCAACACCAGUAUCAUGCAUCUUGGUCUUAAACAUGCCUGUCUCAGCGAUCCGCCGAUGAACCGCAAUAAACUUUUUGUAUCCAGGAUGCUGUCGUUCGGGAUAACGUUCAUGAUACAACCGCGAUGCUGCUCGUGCAUUGCAGUUUGUUGCUCCGUAUGCCAAAUGCAUAUCCGCCAAUUCUUGAUUGGUAAAGUUAUCCAUUAGCAAUAAAUGUUUAAAAAUUGAAAGCUAUAAAAUUUUUAAACAUGAGAAUUGACAUUGAUAAGCGUUGAUUUUAAAUAAUUGUUGUUAUGGUAUCAUGUACAAAAGGUAAAAAUAAAUGCAGCAGAUCCUAUUUAGGUAAUUAAUGUUUUUUAUAAAUUUUAACGCGUCUUACGGCCGUAGUGACGCAAUUCCGGACAUGGGUUCCUAUACUCAAAUGGAUUCUUCUGUUGCACUGAACAACCCCCAGAAGUUUGAUCCUACAGUUCUGAAACACCCUGUAUACAAAGAUCUUAUAUCACAAAUCUCUGGUGAGUAGAGUAGUGAAGUCGAAUAUAGUCUAGGUUUCUUGAGUAUUUUAACUAUAUAAUUUUGAACUAUAUGAAGUGACUGAAGGUUACUUGUAUACAUUCCUCCCCAUACCAAAAUACCAUAUCUUAAGAUGGACUCAACCAGAGUUUUAUAAACCAUUAUCAAGAGUUUUUUAUAUCUAAAUUUAAUAUAAUAAUAAUAAAUAAUUUUAAGAUCUCGUUCAAGAUGUAAGAUUUACAAAUUAAAUAUCGCAUUUUUUUUAUUAUAUAUUGCACAUGAAGAUCCGAUUUAAGAUGUGAGUCAAUUAUUAUCCCCAAAUCUUUUAUUGACAUUGUUUGUUUUAAAACUUCUCCACCUUCAUUAAAAACUAUUUCAUGAAACUCUGACUUAUUUGCUUCAGUAAUUGAAAAGGGAACAUACAUUGAUUUUUUCAUAUUAACUGUAAGUUUAAGAAUAUCCAAAAUGUUUUUUAUCUUUAUAAAACCCAACUUAACUUUUUCUUUUACAGCGUCCCACCACUCUCCAGAAAAAGUAGCCAGCGUGUCGUCUGCGUAGGCAAUAAUUGUUUUGUCAAUUUCAGCAUCAAACAAAUUAUUUACAUAGAUAUUAAAAAGCAGAGGUCCUAUAACAGUUCCCUGCGGAUAGAAUAUAUGACUUAAUGGCAUAACCACUGUCUGCUACAACAAAAUUGUCAUUACACCCUAUUUUCAAAAUAAUUUUGGACUCUACUGAUUCUAAAUAUAUUAGAAUCGUGAACAGACCCUGGCCACCUACAGACAAUAUCCUUGAAUUUAAGUUCUGCACUACAAAUAGCUUGGACAUUAUAUGAAAAAAAUCCUUUUCGAUUUCUAUAAUUUUCCCCUUCGAGAGAUUGGAUUUUAAUGUGAGUACAAUCCAAAGUACCAAUGCAGCAAGUUUUUUAAUACUGCCGGUAACCUAGCAUUAAUAAAAAACUCUUGCCUUAUGCUGUUAAUUUCUGCCUCAGUUCUAGGCAUUUUUACAAACUCUGGCAUUAAUCGAGCAAUUGGUUUUAAAACCUUAUAUAUUUUUCGGCUUGCUGUUGAAUUGUGUAUGCCUCCAAAGUCCCCAACAACUUGCUGCAAACUUCCUGUAGCGAAAAAGCGUAGAGCAACGCAUACCAUUUCAGUAGCAGUCAAUGCAUGGUUUCUAAAAGUAUUUUUAAGUUCUAUAAAUCGUGUAAUUGAACGAAUACAAAUCAUCAUACUCGUCCGUAACACGUCUACUAACAAUGUUACAGCUUGCUUGUCCAACCUAAAUCUAGCCUUAAAUUCUUUAUUAUCACAAACGUUCCAAUGAUCCGAUGUAUUCCUGUGGUGAUCUAAGGUGUACACUUUUAUUUACUAAUUCCAGAAAAUCUUCGUCAUCUGUAAUAUCUUCCUAAAUAGGAUCCAUUUUUGUAGUUAUGGUUUAUAAACUAAACCUAGAGUACCUAAUUAUUGAAGGGCGACUGUAGUUACAUAAAUAAAAAAUAUCAAAAUGAUAUUCUAAAAGUCAAAACUAACUAAAUAUUAACCUAACCUCAAAAAUUUGCUUGAACUCCCUUUGAACGCUCGAAACUGGACGUUCAAGAUGAACUGCAGAUUAUUAUUUGAACCAACAUUGUACAACGGAUUAAUUCCACUGAACCGGAUCUUUAUGAAUUGUCGGUAAACACCCAUUGUACAACCGGGUCUAACUAGCGCAUUGCUCAGGGAUAAAGCGAAGUACCUAAACUGCCGUCCUUAGUUAAAACAUCCUAACUCGCAAAUCGAUAAAGCUGAGAAAAUUGAGAUUUUAUGAAAACUAAUAUGCAGUCCUCAUGUUUUGAAGUAAUUCCCUGAUUUUUUUUUAUAUGCUUAGAAAUUUGCUUUUUACAUUUGUGGGUAAAGUUUAAUAAGGGACUAGAUUCAAUAUUUGGUGAAAUUUUAGAAAAAAAAGUUAGAUAGGACUUUUUAACUUAGUAAAGUAAUUAUAAUAAAAAAAAUAUAUAUGUAUAUAUUUGGACUGAUUUUUAUUAAAGACAAAGGAGUUACAUUUCAAAUUAACAUUAUAACUAAAUUACUCACUAAUAAAACAUUAGAACAUUAAAAAAAUGAAGGAUGAAAGUAAAUCAUGAAAUCAUUAUGAAUGGAAAUCAGUUACUCAAAAAGUGCUUUACUCUUACUGGAAAUCUACAUUUUCUUUAUUGUCAGUAUCAUUAUUUUGGGAAACAGCUAAUUCAUCCAGAAUAUCAUUCGGUUAGCCGGAAUAAUAGGACGUAGCUUAGAAAUCAGAUCUUGUUUUCUUUUUAAUUUUACACCUCGACAUUGUGUUCGGCAAGAAGGUUUUGGUUCUUCCGAAAAGGCAUUUUUGUAGUACAACACAUUUUAUCCCCUUUUAAAGUGCAGUUGUACUAUAUUCUGCAAGUUUUGGGAACAUUUUUUUGAAGCUUAAGCUUGGAUGAACAAUCUUUCCAUUCAAAAAAGUUUUUUAUGUUCAUCUCUUUUACAUGGACCUUAGAUGAGUUUGCCUUUUCUACAGCCGAUUUAAAAUCAUUAAAAUCGAAUACCUUACCGUACCUUUUCAAUAAUUGUUCUAUCUGGAACGAGUCCGCGGACAUAAAAGUGUGACCAGAUUAAAAGUACUUUAUUUCCAAAUUCUCCAGUUCAGUCUCGAUAGAGUUUACAACGUAAAGAAAAAAAAUAAAGUCCAAUUUUGUUUUGAGCUGCACAGUCGUCAAGCCGGAUCGUAACAUAAGUCUCUGUUAUAUAAAAAAAAGUUGAAACUAAAUUUUUCUUAUUUCGACCCACAACCCCUUCAUGCCAUAUUAUUGCCACUUGCCUAGCACUUUUCGAAUAUGCCCCUAUUGGCACAAAUGAAUAUUCUACAAACGGAAUGCUACUUAGGACAAUUUAACUUAGAAAAAGAUAGAUAGGACAUUUUAAUUUGGGAUUAUCGUCUUUUCUGCACAUCGAACAAUAUAUUUAGUUGAAUUUAAGGCAUAAAAAAUGUAGUUAGAACUUUUUAAUUUAGCCAAGGAGGUAGAUACCAUUUGAUAGGUCAAUAAAAUGUAAUAAGCCAAAAAAAGAGAAUUUUGUAGUUAGGACGUUUUAACUAAGGAGGGCAGUAUAAGCCAAAUAUUAAUUAAGGUUUAAUGGAUGUGUCAAUAUACAGGGUAUUAAAUCAUUUUACGUA